AUGUCCGACUUUGCAGAUUUGUGUCCGCCUGAUGCGAGCCGGACGAGCAGGGAGCUCAUCGUCAAGCUCGUCCUGGCUCACCUCACGGGUGUCACGGCGUUCUGCAACCUCGUCUCAUUGCGCAAGGAUCCGCUUGACUCAGUCGAGACUAUUCUCUUCUUCGUUUCUCCCCUUAUUGUCCUGGUUCAGACAGCUUUCGGCCUGGCACUUAUGAUCUUUGACUUUGCCACAAAAGUCAUCAAGUCACCAUCGUCGAUACGCGAGCAAGGUCAGCUUCUUGAGCGUCGAUGGAGGAUUCUCUUCUGUCCGAGAGCUGAGCCCAAGGUGGAGACGCUGGAGAUGAGCCAAGACGGUUUUAUCGGAACGCCAAGUGAAAAGAACUCUUGGCGGUCCAAUCAUGAAGAGAGUGCUUGGGUGAGGUUGGGAAGAACCAUGGUCACAUUCGGGACUCUUUUCCAAUGUUCAGCAACCAUCUUCCUCUACAACCGACGGAUUGAACUGCACGGGAAAGAGUCCCUAACAGUCGCUGACCACCGCUGCUUCGAAAUCGCUGUGGGCAGUGCCUUUGUCUCUGUCCUGUCUAUUGCUCUGUUGCUCAGGUUCCCUGGCUUCACCAAGCCGGCACCUGAGGCAGAGUACAAAAAAGAGCCCAAAGAAGAUGCCCUCUAUCUCUUCUUCAGAGGCGACCCAAGACGAUGCUCUUGUUGGUACCAGUUCAUCUACAUCAAGGAUUUCGGGUCCGAGUCCACAGCCGCGACAUUCUUCUGGUGCUUCCUGUCAACCUCGUACAAUGGCACGUCAAUAGUCGUGACUAUCAUCAAGGCCACAUACCCAGGUCUCUACGAAGCAUCCGUCACACAAGAAGGCGACCAUAUCUCCAUGUUUGACUUUUACCGAAACCUGGCUAUCGUAUCUGGCGUCCUCCUUACCAUCGCCAAGUCAUUCUCAAGACGUGCGGAAAAGAACGAUACCUUUUGGUCGCUUAUCCCCCCCAUCAUUGCCGCUCUCUGUGCGAUAGUUCUUAUGUGCCUCGCGGCGGUAUUUAUCCUUUAUCCGUUCUUGAUUAUUUGGUUCCCGGGCAUGCUGAGUGGCGUUGGGUCGAUUCUUUUCAUCAGAAUCAAGUAG